GUGGCAGAGCGUUAACAUCUCCACAGCGUGUCGUGACCCACGCAGCGUCUGCAAGUUUCAGAACAAAGAAGGCACAUGAAAAAUAUGGGAGCGAUGCGACUAAUGAGCGGCCGAGCGCAUGGACGCGUGCCGUCGCUGUGGCAGCUCGCGGUGCUGGUGCUGGUGAGUCAGGCCGUGACUCAAGCGGUGCCAGAGGCGGACGCUAAGAGGUUCGACUGUCGCCUCUUCUGUAAGGAGACAGGCUUCCAUGCCAUGCUGGGGGGCUGCCGCUGCUCCUUUACUCUCUUCACUGCCAAACGGGCUCUCAGAGGCCCGUACGAAGAAGAAGGCUCAUCAAAGCAUUUCUCCCAUUUGACACCUCGAUACUAUUCGGAGCUUCAAGAUCAGCAAUUGACCAGGCCAAAAAUUCUGGACUACCCCACGCAGCAUCAUAAAAAUAUCCUCAGGAUGACAGUUGAUCCUCAGAACUCGAGUAAGCAAUCGCUAAAUCCGGACAAACCGCGAAUCAAUCUUUCGUUUCCGUACUUCAAGCAGCUUAGCGGAAACUCACCUUUGCAAAACUCGGGACCUGCUGCCGCGUUGUCGGCAGUUGACGCUAAAAUCAACGAAGAAGAACCUAUCAACAGCAAGCGUAGAGAAUUCGAGAUGGACCUCGACAACGGAGAGCCCGCUGACUUCCUGCGAAUGUCCUACUGAGAAUUUCUGAGAACUCACAUGUCUAACUUUCACAAUAAGACAAUAUUUACUUAGGAAUUGAUGUGAUUGGUUGGGAAGCCUGGUAUCUUACUUCAAAUGAAUAGGCAAAAGGCAGUAUAUUUAAUUUUUUCAAGUUUAGGUUAAGGUUUCUUCUCAUCUUUUUAUUUCCCGAAGUAAUUAUCAACCUAGAUGGUUUAAAUAUUGUGGUCUCUCAUGACAUUAUACCGCAAUAAAAAAGUACUAAUUUUAGGGAACACUAACGGUUGUUGAUUCGGAAAGUAAUUCAUGUAUUGAAACUAUCGGAUUAGGUUGUUGAUAUAAGUAAAAGAGAACAAUCAAGAAAAAUAUCAUUGUUAAAGAGAAGCAUUAUGCAGCUCAUGAUAACUUGUUCAUAUGACUAAAAUGAAAUUAAAAAGCAUUUAGUUAAAGAUACAUGCAAGUCAAACUAAUUCAUGAGCAACUCAGAUGACAAAUUUUGAAACUGAAAGGAAAAACUCGAAAAAGAUAAGCGAUGCUGAAAAAAGGCGCAUGUACAUUUUUUAUGUUAAUAAAUAGUAAUUGUUUGAGUCUUAAUGUCUGAGUCCAAUCAUUUAUUAAUUUACUAUAAAGUAGUUCAAGAAUCGUUGCAUAAGAUGAUAUGUAUUCUUGACAAUAAAAAAUGUUCACGUAUGUCACUGCGUGGCAACAAUUACGUCAUGUGUAACUGAAGUAAGUUGAUAUGUUUAAUAUAAUUUACAACAGUUAAGCAUUGUUUAUUUUGUGAUAGUCUUAAUAUUUAUGUGCCUAAUAUUAUUUUAUUAGCUCGUGUGAAAAAUUUAGCAGCACCAUUUUGUCUUAAAAAUGCAUAGGCAAACAUUUGUGUGGUAUACCUAUGUGUCAAAAUUAUCAAUCAAUUACAAAAGACUUUUAGUUAGUUUUGCACUUCCUUGUUUCUUCCAUAUAUAAUAUCAACAAACAAAUUUCAAAUACAUAGCGAUUAGAUACUACUGCUCUAAGUUUGAUGAAAAGGUAAAUUAUUAACUCAUUGCCAAUUUUUUAUUACUUUUCUACCAAUAUAAUAAAGAGCAUAUAAGGACAAUUUCGCGGUGCAUUUCGAUGCCUGGCACAUUUGCGUACAAAUUACUUCGCCCUGCAAAUUGCAUAAGCCAUUGCCUCAAGAAAGGAAAAUCAUUAAGUCUGCUCAAGGCAAACGUUUAAUAACUUUCAAAAGAAUAUUUUCAUCAACUGUUGCGAAAAGUUUGCUGAAUAAAAGAAGUACGAAUGGCUCGGGUACAAAUUUGAUUUUCCUAUAUAUUUAAUGUUGGGAUAUUCUAAUAAAGAUGUUAUAUUCAAUUCAAGUACA